AUGUCGACGCCCCGCAAGAACGAUUUCUCGCUGGCGCGUCAAAACAACCAUCUUCAUCAAUCUCCCUUCGGACACGCCCGCGAAUCCAAUUACGACUUCGAUCUAGACGCCUUCCCGUCCAGACAGAAUGGGACGCGUUCUCGACACACCUUUCGUACCGGUACUCUAGCUGGCGCAUACCGAGCUGCUUCGCAUGCAAGCAUGUCCGAUGAUGGCGCGCCUCUAGGCUCGACUCCCAGUCCUCGACGUACGCGUGAGCCGUUUGUUCAACGCUCCCCGUUAUCUGAGACCUCGAACACACCUGAGGAACACGCGGAUGUCUAUCGAAGGACAGACGAGGAUGGAACGAUAGCCGAUCAUGUCGCGUAUGACGAUUGGGAUGCUGCUCCCGCAGUGCGUCCGAGGAGUCGCCCUAACCGGAGAGAUGGAAGCCGAAAUAGAGAUUCAGGGUCGCUUGAUGGAUACUCAUACUCAGACGCAGGUCUGGGUCUAGUAGAUGGAACUGGAGAAUAUCCACCGCGUUCUGCGAGGAGAACCACCGAUUACAGCAGGGACGAGCAGCGACUACGACGUGUGACAGGCAAGGAAUCUCCAAUCUUCAGCAAAGCAAAGGGUGGACGGGCAGCUCUCACAGCGGAUAAUUUGCAGCGACGGGAGGAACAGGUCGAGCAGGACCAGUUUGUGUCCGAGGGUGAUGGCGAGCGUGGUCCGUCUUUGAAUCUCCCACGUACCUGGGGCAGUCGCGCGGCGCGGCGGCAUGACUGGACCAGGAACGUCAGCGGAAGCAGUGCUUCAGAAACACAGGAGAAAGCCGAGGAGAAAGAGAACCGAGAUCGCGCUGGUUACUCGAGGUCAAAAGUAGAAGAGACCGCCGCACUUAGAUCCACGUCCAUUGAUCCACCUGCUUCAAGGACAACCCUGAGGAAUCGAAGUGCCUUGGAGGAGCGCAACAUCAAUCUCCAUGCCGAUGAAGAGACCAAGAAUGAACAGACUGCAGCAUCGAACGAUGGUGCCCCGAUUCCCAACACACCUAUCGUGGUUUUCAAAAAGUCCGCAUUCACCAAAUCAAACACCACAAAGCGAGAUUCACAAGAAUUGUUGCGUAGGCUCUCCAGGACUGAGAGCCCCAAAUUAGAAUCGAUCCAGACACCAGAGCCCCCAAAACUCUUUGAAAGGAAAAUCUACGACAAGACACCCAGAGUAACUGGAGCAUGGAUUGAUACUCCUAUGACUGAGCGGGUGGCUCAAAUACCGAGUGACCUAACUAAAGAUAUCAUUCCUCUGCCGGCAUCAAAAGAGCCCGACGCCUCGAUCCAGCAGACGCAACCGCCUGCGAAACCGCCUAGGGAUGUUCAGCCUAAGAUUGAAGAACCAAAAACAGAACAGGAGACAGUCUCCGAUGCUCAACCAAUCAAAAGAUCAAGACCGCCAGUAAUUCGACCCAAGCUACCAAAGAGUGGCCUCGAAACAGUCAUGGAAGAUGUGAAGUCCGGCAAAGAAGACCUGGACUUAAGUGACGAUACCAUUGAGUACCUUCACGCUAUAAUGGAUGAUCAGACUGAUCUCACCGAGGCGGAGGAAGAAGCCGCAAAAGAGCAAGAAAUAGUCGAAGGUCUCGAACAAGGCGAUACGAACAGCUUUCCUUCCGUGGACAUGGACAGAUUGCAUGAUAAGCUGUCCUCCUUGGCAAGGAAUAUCAAAGAAGUGAAAAGGGGUCUCAACAGUCUGGAGCAGCAUGUUGUUCGAGACAACGAGCUUACCUCACGGCCAAGCUCUCCGAAGGAUGGCCUUCAAACAGUGCACCCAGGUGGUAACCAAAUUAUACCCUCUGAUGGUCGCGUCUACGCCGCCAUCCCACUUCCCCGUUUAUGGAAGCAAAACCACUUAACUGGGCGUCGCCAACUCACCAUGCUCGGCUGGGUCACCUUCGUGUCACUGAUUUGGUAUAUCAUCGAAUGCUCCAUGUGUGAGGCAUACUCCCACCCUAUCUUCUCCGACACCUGCAACGGCUACUGCCUCCAACCCGAUGCACCCGUGUUUCCCUUCGUGACAGUGGCAAUGCUCUGGCGAUGGUCCCACUUGUCAACAUUGCUUGGCCCGCUCAUCACCAUCGGCGUGGCUUUAUUCCGUCUUGUUGCGCAGCUUAUGGGCCUACGGGAUGGUUAUGUGGAUGAGCCUCAGCUCGGCUUAGGCAAACUCAUAGGAGAGAUUCGCAUCAACGGCACCUCUGUCUCAUUCCCCUGGUUGUCGCCGCCCGGUGCAAAGAACAUUGCUCCUGCGCCUCCAUCACUUCCACCUCAGGAGCCACGGGCACCCGUGUGGGCACCACGCAAUGAAGUUCCCGCUAAGUGGGAAGAGGAUCAGCCGUCGAUGGAUGAUGAUGAGUUUCUUUAA